UCCAAAUGUAGGAAACACAAUCUGGCAACCCUGAAGAAGUCUUGUGCAUAAACACACACACGCACACACACGUACACACGCACGCACACACUCCGGAGGGUGCAGGAACAUUUAGCGGAGUCCUGUGUGAAUGUCAUUUGACUGGCGAGGCCGAGGAGCGGGAUGGACGAGCGGUAAAUAUCAUCAUUUCCUUGCGGACUGAAGGACUUUACACAGCUUUGUCGUGCAAUUUCUAUACACUUCAUACUGCUCAGUAGGAUUAGAGCCAUGAAAGUGUCUACGAGUCUGAUAAGAAGAGGAUGGGAGCAGUAGCCAGGCACUGGAGAUGUCAUUCGGUCGGCUCCUGCGGCGUGCUUCAUCCAAAGCCUCAGACCUCUUGACCUUCAAUGCGGGCUCGGCGGGGUCACGGUCCGUGCAGGACGGGGAGAUCAUUUUCUCCAAGAACAAUGUGUGUGUGCACCCGGCUGAGCCCGUGCCCGGCCUGCCCGAGCAUCACCCAGGUUACCUGUGUGUCCACCUGGAGAAAGACGAGGCUCUGGGAUCCACGCUCAUCCUCACCUGGGUGCCCAAUUCACGGAUUCAGCGGCAGGACGAAGAGGCCUUGCGUUACAUCACCCCCGAGAGCUCACCCGUGCGCCGCAACCCGCGCCGCCGACGUGCCCGUCUGGCUCAGCCACGCCCUCCACCAGCACACGAAGAAGACGAGGAUGAGGAGGAGGCCCCAGAAUCCGGUCUGCAGCAGCAGGAAGAGGGUGACGAAGGCUCAUGCGAGCUGUCUGCCGACGAGGUGAGCCGCGACAGCACCCUGGGCUCCGACUCGGAUACGUUCUCCUCGCCAUUCUGCCUGUCGCCUGUUAGUGAGGCGCUGGCCGAGAGCACAAGCUCUGUCUUCCUGGACAGCGAGAGCAGGGAGAUGUGUGAUGAGUCCAUGACUCACUCGGCAAGCUCCGCUUCCAGUCUGGACAGCCACGCCCUCUCGGAGAGCAGUCAAUCUCAGGGCCUGCGAUGGGAAGAACAGCAGAAGGUUCUGGCUGUUGAGCAGCUGUGCGGAGUGUUCCGAGUGGACCUGGGACACAUGCGGUCCCUACGGCUUUUUUUCAGUGAUGAGGCAUGCACAAGUGGUCAGUUAGUCAUUGCCAGCAGAGAGAGUCAGUACAAGAUCCUGCACUUCCACCAUGCUGGUCUGGACAAACUGGCCGAAGUCUUUCAGCAGUGGAAAUGCUGCAGGGAGACGCAGCUUAAGGACCAGGUGUCAGAUGAGAAGUCGUGCAUGCAGUUCUCCAUCCGCAGACCUACUCUUCCUUCCUCGGAGACUCACCCAGAGGAACGUCUCUACCGGAGACUGGACGUCAGCUGCUGGCUGCGGCACCUGAAUCACAACGGGCAAGUGGAGGAGGAGUACAAGCUCAGGAAGGCGAUCUUUUUCGGGGGAAUAGACCCACCCAUCCGCGGAGAGGUGUGGCCCUUCCUGCUGCACUACUACAGCUACGAUUCCACCUCAGAGGAACGUGAGGCCUGGAGGCUUCAGAAACGCACCGAGUAUCAGGAGAUCCAGCAGAGAAGAUUGUCGAUGAGCCCUGAGGAGCACAGCGAGUUCUGGAGGAAGGUUCAGUUCACAGUGGAUAAGGACGUGGUGAGAACUGACAGGAGCAACAUGUUCUUUAGAGGAGAGAACAAUCCCAACGUAGAGAUCAUGAGACGUAUCCUCUUGAAUUACGCGGUCUACAACCCUGACAUGGGCUACUGCCAGGGAAUGUCUGACCUGGUGGCUCCACUCCUGACCGAGAUCCAGGACGAGAGCGACACAUUCUGGUGCUUCGUGGGCUUGAUGGAGAACACCAUCUUCAUCAGCUCCCCCAGAGACGAGGAUAUGGAGCGGCAGCUGAUGUAUCUGCGAGAGCUCUUGCGCUUGAUGCUGCCGCGGUUCCACCAGCACCUGAUGCGGCUCGGGGAGGACGGCCUGCAGCUGCUGUUCUGUCAUCGCUGGGUUCUGCUCUGCUUCAAGCGUGAGUUCCCAGACACAGAGGCACUGCGGAUGUGGGAGGCCUGCUGGGCUCACUAUCAGACGGAUUACUUCCACCUCUUUCUGUGCGUGGCCAUCAUUGUUCUCUAUGGCGAUGAUGUCACGGAGCAACAGCUGGCAACAGAUCAGAUGCUGCUGCAUUUUAGCAAUCUCUCCAUGCACAUGAAUGGGGAACUGGUGCUGAGGAAGGCACGAAGCCUUCUCUAUCAGUUCCGGCUGCUUCCCAGGAUCCCUUGCAGUCUGCACGACUUGUGUAAGCUGUGCGGGCCCGGCAUGUGGGACAGUCGUUACAUUCCCGCCGUAGAAUGUUCCGGAGAGCAUCCGGACUCGCAGAGCUGCCCCUAUGGAGGCAUGGCCACCCCGCAACCCCCACCAUCGCCGAGCCAGCCUAACGAGGGCAAGCGGGGCUCUAAAAAACGGGACAUCUUUAACUUUCGCAAGCAGCCUUGACUCAUGGCUGAAAGCUACAUUACCCAUAAUUCCCAGCUUCAGACGUACGACCGAACAGGUAGCUGGAUGAACGCAGAGCGCAGCGCAACUAAUAGUCAUGUAAGAGAGAUGUGAAAGGAUCACUGCCUACUUCAAACACAUAUUCAUGUGUAACUGAUAUCAGAAUCAGCACUGAAUGGAAGGCUUUGUUUUUUUUUUUUUGUUGAAUGAAUGAAUGAAUGAAGCGGCGCUACUUGGUGAUCAGUGCUGGAUUUAUCUGUGUCUGGUAAACGUCAGGAUUCAGAAGACUGGCGAGUCGUACAAAAAGGAUAUAUCAUGACCUUUGUAAUAGACAAAUCAAAUAUAUUAAUACUUUUUCUUAUUUUUUCUUCCUUUUUUUCAUACCGUAUGCAUGUGUGUGAGUGAGAAAUGUUUAAAAAUAAAUUUAUUAUUAUAAAUCACUAUUUAUUAUAGUGAUCUCGCUGCAGUAACUGGAGCAGCUUGUCCUGUCAAUCUAUAACUGAAAUAAAGAAAGAUGAAAUUAA